AUGGACAUCUUGCUCGAAGAAGAAGUUACCAGACAGAACGAAGAGGAAGCUCUGUUCGCUGCCGAAUGCGAGCAGGAUGAUCCUGAGUAUCGUAAUGCUGUGGCAGAACCUCCGAGAGUGGAGAAGGGCAAAGCAGGGCCAGUCGUAGAGAGCGAUGAUCUUGAGUACUCCUACUCCCAUGCGUCAGUAGACGCGCAUUUUUUGCCACUAGAAGAAGCGCACUCGUCAACAUCUUCACGACAUGAUUAUGUGGAGGAUGACCUCGAAUACUCAACCUCGAUUCUUCAUCUUCAAGUAGGACCAGACCCGGUCGUAGUCGGAUCAAUGAAGAUGGACGAGACUGAACCAGCAGAAGAACAAGCACAGCAGUUUUAUCGGCUAUCUCCCACCACGAGGACAAAUAUUCAUUUCCUUAGAACUACAUCAAGUGGCACACGCACAUCACGGGUUCUUCUAGGUCCCUCAUCCUCCUCUCUUCUGAGCUACUCUUCUGAGUCCGAACGCGAACAUGAACAACACGAAGAACUACUGUAUAAUCUUGAGUCCGAACUACACGAACAAGUAGUAGUAGAUCAAAUAACGCAUGAUAGAACAUCAGACUUUGGAACGCAUGUAACAUCACACUUUCGUCCUGCUACGCAAGAUCGUCGAGCAAAAGUAGAUCUAGCAUCAUCACGAGCAGCUGCGCGACCACGAGGCCUCCUUCACAACAAACUUCAUCCGCCGUCAUCAGCAAGGGGUCCCUUUUUAGAAGGGCAAGGGCAACAAAGUAUCAUUCUGAAUAGUAUUUCCACAUUUUCUGAAGUAGAAGAUCGAGAUCAUCUUAUUGAGGAAGACUACGACGAUGUGGAAAUGCAAGAUGUGGAAGUGGCGCCACGUAGUGCUAGAAGGAGCUCUCCUGAGGAAGAAAAACUGGGACCCUAUCAUCUAGAUACUUUUUCAGAGACAAAGCCCUCUUGGCAUCAUGGAGGAAGCACGACAUCAACAUCUGUCGAGCAGGACGAGGAUGUCAGGUUCUUAGACGACUUACUGGCUAUAGUAACAACGACAACUGAGCGAAAGACGGAUCAUAGAAGAGGCAGACCAGACAAUACGAAAACCAUUCUCGAGGACUCCAAUGGAGACCAGAGGAGCAGGGGUGUGGAAACACGAGAAGUUGCGCUCGGCAUCGCGGAAAGUCGUGUCAUACGGCAAGAUGUAGAUGAACUUGAUGCAGCUACAGAUCAAGAGGGGUCGUGUAGCCAUGAUCACAUGCCAGAAACGUACAAGAACUCGUUGACGGACCCCCUCCAAGAACCUAUUAAAACUGAUAUGUUCAACACGACUAGCACGAGAAGGAAGGUGGAAGGCGGCACAUCUUCCACACACAUUUUCGAAAAUCGAGAUUCCUCAUCUUCGACAAGCAGCACUCGAUUCCUUCCUCACAUGACCUCGAGAACUCCUAGUUCCUCUACGCUUCCAAAUUUCACAAGAGCUAGAAACAUCGACGUCUCUUCAAAAGUUUCGUUUCUCCUGUCCGAUCUUCAACCGGAACUACGCAGAAAGAGGCACUUGAAGAACUUUUAAGGGUAGGUUAAAGGUGCUUUUCUUACCGCUUUUUAUGCCUCUCCUAAGGGGGAAAGGCAUAAAAAGCGGGGUAGGCGAGCACCAAAAACCUACCUCUAAAACUUAAAUACUGGUAAACUACUAUUAAGGCUACCAAGCGAGCAUCCCCCUACAGCAUGAUCCCUGCCUCAUUUUCAAGAGGGAAAUGGAUCGUCCACGGAUGGUCUCAGGGAUGCACGUUGGUAGCUCUAAUACUUCUAUCAGGUGAUGCAGAUGAACUAGAACUGGAACGACGAUCUUCUUCUUCAAGAACAACAAGAACCACUUCGACUUAUAGAACUAUGGACGAUUUCUCACUAUCCUCAUUCUUGGCGUCCUUGAAAACGGAGAUGAAGAAGGAGGAGCAGAAGUUUGAAGAGACGAAGCGUCACAAAGAGGAUGACGAUGGCACUAGCAGUUGCGGAAUUAGAGCCUUCCGAUCUGAGCUGGUGCAGGAAGUGACAGCAGAAAGAACGACGAUGGGAGCAGAAAGAAGAGAAGAAGAGAAAGUAGUAAGCACAACUACUAGUACAGAUGAAGCUUGUUCAUCUAGAAGUAGGGCACCUGCAGAAGCUACUGUUGAGAGGCCCAUUUUGGAAGCAAUGAACGAACAAUCUGAAGCAGCACAAGAAGCCAUUUUUGAGAGGAAGAACGACUACGACGAACCAAGUAUCGCACAAACGAUCAAUUCACGGCCAUGCCAUAGUUCUUCAUCUACCUCUCAAGUGCAAGUGGUCGAAGAUUCAUCUCUUCAUAACUUCAUAUUGGAACAAACGUCCUCACUACGAAUAAAACAAGUGCGAGUCUGGUCACAAGAACAAGGGACGAAGGGGCAGGAGAACUCGUCAUCGGUGCCUCCAGCAACGACGGACAAGCAUAAAAGUAUUGACACCAGCAAGGCAAUAGCACCAGAUCAAGCCCCACCAGAUCAAGCUCCACCAGAUCAAUCUCCCCCAGAUGAUCGAGCUGCACCUCCGCUCUCUCCUGUCAAUGACUAUGACAAAGUGUCAAAGUGGGCCCUUUGUCCUCCACAGUCAGUGGAGUUGGUUGUGGAUCUUCACGAUGAUGAGCAGGAGGUUGGUGGUCACGGUGUAGAAGGCCCAGUCGCGGUCCAAUUUGCUGGUGCUCUAGGUUACGAGGAGAUUGCUGAAAGUCGCAAUAGUACUGAAGAGUCUUCUGCUUUUGUCCACGCGCAAGCGAACUCAUGUAGCGGAAUUUGCGCUGAUGGGACAUCAAUAUCUUCAAUUAAACGGCGGGGCAGGCAGCCAGUACAACAGCCAGCUUCAUUUGUCGCAUCUUUCGCAUCUUCUUCGACUCAAUUAGAGACGUCUGUGACCCGUCAGGCGACAGCAGGGAAGCCAAUACGAGGACAGGGCUCACACGGCAACAGAAUAGGAGCGCGGCGUGGCCUUGUUUUGCAAGGAGUAGAAGUGGUGGUAGCUUCAAAUCAGGAGAGCCGGAGGAGCCGAACAAAUUCUUCGGAUACGUUUGUAGUGCCUCAGGGUCAGGGACAGGGAGGACAAGAAAGAAGUCAGGCAGCCCUUUCAGGGAUCGAAAAUACAGUAUCUUCAAGUUCAAGCCUAGAAAAACACCACCUCCAGGAGGAACAGGACUGUAAUUCUUAUUCUUCCUCUCAUCAGCAGGAAAAAUUGAUAUCCAUCCUCGAUGAAGAUUUAGCGAUCCCACUUGCUGUGGAGGCUGCAAGAAGACGCGCAGCAGAGUACAGGAUGAGAAGGCGAAUACAAGGAUCCGAGCUAUGCUUUAAUACUUCUAGAAAACCCGAGUGGAAUGCAUCUACUUUGUUGGACGAAACACCAAUUUGAAGCUGAAUGUAGAAGUUUCAGGUAUUCCUUUUGAUCGAUCCGUUGAGAGUGUCCAU